AUGGCAAAUUCAACACACAAAAAAUUUGGGGAUGAAGAUGGCUCGGAUAGUGCUGAAUAUGUCACAGCACCAACAUCAAGUUCUUCUAAUACAAAUAGGCCAACAUUCUUGAGUGACUCUGAAAGUGAUGAUGAUGAGGCUCCAGAAGAAGAAGGUAUGGAUUCUGCUAAAAAACUAUUAGACGAUGAAUUACAAGUAAGACAAAAGGCAGCCAAAUUAGAACAAGAUUUAUUGAAGGAGAGAAGACGUAAGCAAGAUGCAAUUUUUAAAAAGCAGCAAAUCGAGAAGAAACAAGCAUUGGAGGAAAAAGCCCGCGAAGAAUUGAAAGAAGAACAAAUUGAAGAGGAUGAUGUUGAUGAAGAGCUCGAGGCCUUGCCAGAAGAAUUCUUGAAUAAAAUAGAAGAGCAAAAGCAAUUAGCUGAAAAUGAUAUUCCUUCUCAAACAUCACAACAUAUUAACUUCAAUGAUCUAGACGAAUCUCAAUAUCUUUCACAAGAGAUUAAUACCCAAUUAAAAAAGAAGAAGAAGAAAACUUUAAGCAAAUUAAGAGCAACUACUGCCAAGAGAGGCCCUGUGACAGUUUCUGUUUUAUCUUCGGUUGAUAAUUUUACCAAAAUGGCACCCAAGAAAGAACAUUUAAUUAUGAGCAAAAAAGAGAAAUGGUUAAAAAGAAGUUCAAUUAAGAGGAAAUAG